ACCUUUCAAUGGAUCCACCACUAUCCACUACCGUAUCAUACAUGGAAUCAUAGCUCGCUGGCCUGGGUGAUGUCGGCGACCGUUUAAGUGGAGCAUGGCAGGACCACAUAAGAUCUGCUUUCUCCUUUGCUUGUUCUCAAGCUUCAUAUCUUUCAGUUACAGUACCAUAAUGUUUACGACGCUCUCAAACACUCGAAAUGCCCUCAGACAGUAUUCUCAAGCUAUCAUAAUUCGACCAACAAUGGUCGCACCUGUCGGUCUGAGAGGUUUGGCAACGGCGAAAGGUCUCAUGGACGUUGCACAGGAAAUCAAGAUUGACCACGACAAUAUCCCCGUGUCGUACGAGGAGAAGUUGGUCGCUAACACUCUCAUUCGUGAGAUAUCCAUCCACGGCGACGCAGAAGAGAUAUAUGUUUACAACGACUACCAGAAGCUCGGUCUUCAUGACGCCGCCAUGCAUAGUAAAGAAGACCACGCUGAAGUCAAGAAACUCAUAUUUAGGGAUGAGCAUAUCGCUGCCAGCCAUGAGCAUCAUGAUGACAUCAUGGCAGACUCUGUCAAUGCUUUCUUUGCCCACGGCCAAGAGGAGGAGACAACACGGCAUCCUACCCUCCGCGAGAAGCUCUCCCCAGAGGACAAUGAUAAACUCGCUCGUGCGUUCUUGAAGGCUCGUGAGAUGGUUCCCACUAGGCCUCACCCUCUGGCUCCCCAGACCGAUGGUACUCUGCAGAAGGCUAUGGGUGUGUAUGGUCACGUUUAAGGCGAGGUCGUCGAGAAGGUGACAGGAAGAGAAAACGUCAGUCCGAGACAACAACACCCACAAUUGUGAGGAACGUUAUUGCAGCCCGGCGAUGGAUGAUGCAACGCAUUAUAGGGAAUGCCUAAGCUGUAGUAAGUAGUAGCACUCUAUGUGUAGGUUUGAUAUCUCAAGUUUAUACGGUGUCGAAAUCGCUGAACAUCGCCGCUUGGUCUGUUCCUGUUCCCUUGCCUUUUUGAGGUCAAUUGUAUAGUCUUCGGCUAUCACGG